GGGGCAGGGCACCGGACCCGGGCCGAGCGCGGGCGGCCGCACGAGCAGGGCCAGUGAGCCCUGCGCUCCCUUCCCCGAUGGCCCGGAGCGGGCCGCGGAGGCGGCGGCGGCGCUGACCGGCCCGGAGUGGGGCGGGGCGGCCUGGGGCCUGGGACCCGGGGGAAAGAUGAGUGCCCUCCUAGAGCAGAAGGAGCAGCAGGAGAGGCUGCGGGAGGCCGCGGCUUUGGGGGACAUUCGGGAGGUGCAGAAACUGGUGGAGAGCGGGGUAGAUGUGAACUCCCAAAAUGAGGUCAACGGCUGGACAUGUUUACACUGGGCAUGUAAACGCAACCAUGGCCAAGUGGUCUCUUACCUAUUAAAAUCAGGAGCUGACAAAGAGAUUCUUACUACAAAAGGAGAAAUGCCAGUGCAGUUAACAUCAAGGAGAGAAAUCAGGAAGAUAAUGGGAGUGGAAGAAGAUGAUGAUGACAGCCUCCCCCAGUUGAAGAAGGAGUCAGAACUGCCCUUUGUUCCCAACUAUUUGGCCAACCCAGCUUUCCCUUUUAUCUACAAUACUUCAGUGGAGGAUUCACCCCAGCUGCAGAAUGGGGGCCCCUCCACUCCUCCAGAAUCACCACCUGCAGACAGUUCACCUCCAUUGCUCCCCUCUGGGGAUCCCCCCUUGCGGGGAGCUUUCCCCCGGGACCACACCUCUUUGGCAUUGGUUCAGAACGGUGAUGUGUCUGCCCCCUCUGCCAUACUGAGAACACAAGAAAGCACAAAGCCAGGUCCUGUUUGUCAGCCGCCUGUGAGUCAGAACCGCUCCCUGUUCUCUUCUGUCCAGUCUAAGCCACCAGUGUCACUGGAGCCUCCAAAUGGGACAUAUGCAGGACCGGCACCAGCCUUCCAGCCAUUUUUCUUUACUGGAGCAUUUCCAUUUAAUAUGCAAGAGCUGGUACUCAAGGUAAGGAUUCAGAAUCCAUCUCUUCGAGAAAAUGAUUUCAUUGAAAUUGAACUGGACCGGCAGGAGCUCACCUACCAAGAACUGCUCAGAGUGAGCUGCUGUGAGCUGGGUGUUAAUCCAGAUCAAGUAGAGAAGAUCAGAAAGUUACCCAAUACUCUGUUAAGAAAGGACAAAGAUGUUGCUCGACUCCAAGAUUUCCAGGAACUGGAACUGGUUCUAAUGAUAAGUGAAAAUAAUUUUCUCUUCAGAAAUGCUGCAUCCACACUGGCUGAAAGGCCUUGCUAUAACAGGAGAGCUUCAAAACUGACAUACUAAUGCAGCAGGGACUUUGUCACUGAAUACUGUGACAAUGUGUAUAACCUCUGGGCCAAGGACAAGCCAUUGAUCCCAAAGCCUUGGAUACCCACAAGGGCCCCUGGUGCCACUGCAUAGUGUACAUUGAUGUCGUCCUGCCAAGACAGGAAGCCCCUGCUCCUCCCCCUCCCCCCCAGCAGCGGUGCCACUCUUCCAAGCCUCUUGGUGCACAAUAAACCUAUCACUAAAGCUUUGAACAGCUAAGAAAUGGUCUGAAGAAGCAGAUGCUGAGGUUCUGUGCAGUGCAGAAUAGAAGAGAUGAAGAAGUGGUUGAGAGAAGUGGAGCCUGCUCUAGCAACCCUUGUAGUCAGUGUGCCUGAAGAGCUGCUGCACUAAUCUUGCUGCUGUGAGCCCAUGACUCCUGAAAUUGCCAGCUGACUAGAGAGGAAGGCUGGGGAAAGCGCAGGUUCUGGACAAAGGGAUGUUAGUAUGUUAUGUGGCUAUGAGGGUUCAAAUAACGUAUUUAUAAAUGUUACUCAGGUUCAAAGUAUUUAAGAUUACAGAUACCUAAUUGUAAAUAGGCUGUUAACCAAAAGAGCUUUCCUUCCCGACCUCCCACGUCUUUAUGAACACUCACAGGACUGCUUCCCCGGCGGUCAUCUCUCAUUUCCUCCCCUUCUCCGCCACUAGAGGGCUCUCCUGAUGCUUUCUAAAAGAGCCACUGCGUUUUUACUUGGACCCAGCAACCUGUCAUCCACGUGUCUCAGUGCACCACUGAAGAGCACAAACAUUGCCAAUCCAUGUUCUCCACUCUCAUUUACCACUGGAAAUGAAAAGCAGUUUUUAAGUCUGAAUCUGUUGCUAUUUUAAAGGUUAUUGGGGGAAACUGAAUUAAAGGAGUAAGCAUCUUUAUUUUUGUAUCAAAGAUAAAGGUUAUUUUGAAAUUAUUAGGAUUUUUACACAGCUCUAAAAUCUGUUUGCUUUUGUAAACAAAUUGUUUGAUCAUAAGGAUCCCUACUGCCACCACCAAUCCACUCAAAGGUUGUGAGUCAAUCAGACUAAACAAUACCACUGGUUAAACUCUCUUGAGCACAGCAUAAGAAUUUUUUUUCAGGAAUACAUUAAAGGAUUCUUCUUUUUCUUCAGCAUCAUUAAUGUUUUUGUUUUUGUUUUUUAAAGUCACUGUCUUGUUGAGACAAACAGCUUAACUUUAGACAUAGGAACUCAGCCCACGUAGACCAACAGGAGAGCUGGGGUUGAAGCCAGCUGUUAAAGAGCAUCCCUGCUGUCUUAAGAUGCUUUCUCCCAUAGUGCCUAGAGUUUCUAAAGAAACUUAACUUCCUGACUGUGUUAACUUAUUUUUAUUAGAACGCUACAUUGCGCGUGAAUGUGCAGAUGUCAGUGGAAGAGGAUGUCGUGCUUAAGGUAAUGGCCUCCUGCUGUUGCCUGAGCGCCAGAACGAGGUUGAGGUGUUCUUCUGACUUAAUUCUAUCCCCCAGGUGCAGCUGGUGGCUUCCUCACUCUUGUCAUCGAGUGUUUGCAUAGCCCAUAGCUGAGUGAAGGUUGCUUAUCACCUUUCUCUCAAGUGCUUUGAAGAAGAAACCACUCUUGUGAUUCAACUAAUUAGAAACUACUUUGUCUAGCUGUAUUAAACUUUUUAAAAAAAUUUUUUCUUUGAAACAAGUUAACAAUUUACAGACAAAAUUAAAUGUGGGUCUUUCCUGAAAGAAAUAAAUUCUGUAUUAACCCAUGUCUAAAUUACUGGGGUUAAAGUUUUCAAGUCACCAGAUUAACUAGAGUUUCUGAGAAGCAGUGGAGGCGUUGGCUGGGAGGGAGCCUGCACAGGGUGUGCCAGCGCACGGCCCAAGCUCAGAAGGGAUCCAGGUGUUAGCGGCCCAGGCAGAGGUGUCCAUGUGCCUCUGUUCUGGACUAGUUCCUCCUCCCCUUCAUAAAACCCUCUGUGGUGCAUGCCUAUGACAGCAGGUUGAGACUGCACAGUUGCCGGUAGAAGAGUUUAACGUCUUAAUCUAUGCAUUCAGAGAAGUAUUUUUAUAUGCACUGUGUCAUUUAUAAUGAGGAUUUUUUUUUUAGCUUUGUUAACUGUGAAUUCACCCCUCCUCCACAGCAUAUUUAAAGCAUGUGUUCACACUAUGUGUAAACAUUUCUUGGAAGAUUCUUUUCUUUGGGCAUCACAGAUUCUUUAUCUAACAGGUGUUAUUAAAAUUAAAUAUUCACUAACCAA